AUGUUCAGGGCAUCUGUCUCUCGCCGUGUUUUAAGCCCAGCGUGCUCUGGUCGGAUCACUUCCGACGUCGCAAUCGCCAGUACAUCACGCGCAGCAACUCUGGCACCACUCUCAGCGUCUCCAAACGCUCUACGGUCUCUUCAUUCAUCCAGCACCGUCCACGAAUCCCAGCGAAAGCGUGACUCGCGGCUAAAAAAGCAGUACCGUCAAAACCUUCGGUCAGAGCUCCAGCGCCAGGCCGAGGCCAACAAGCCACAUCCUGCAUUGGGUUAUUCUCCUGGGAAUGAGCACAUUUGGAAGAACAGCUUGCUCUAUUCAGUCCUCGUCAAGGAGAGCGACUUGGAUAACCUCCCCAUACCGACCGCCACGAUAGAAAUGGAGGACGAAGUCGUCGUUCCGACACAUACAGACUUUCUCUCUGGUAUCCAAUCGGAUACCCCCGAGCCACAAAAGACGGGAAGGGUCCUUCCAAAGCUAGACUCACAGAAACGACCCAUUGUGGGCGAUUUCGAACUCCCACAGCUCAUGAACUUUGGGAUUGGAGAGACGGAGCGGAAAUUCCUCUUCGAUGAGCUCCCAAAGGUGCGUGUCGAAGGCAAACUCUUUGCCCAAUCGUCAAGCCCCGGAAGCUUCUUGCCAAGUCGAAAUUCGAUGAAUGCAGAGCAAAUUAUGCAAGAAGAGAAGAGCAUGCAGUACUGGCUCGGUCGUAUACUCGACCUCAAGAACGCCAACGCCCAGGGCCGUGCGUACGAAAACCGACAGCGAAUCGUCGCUGCCUUUUCGUACUCUGGCGCCAUGACCGACACGGGUUGUGCAGAGGUACAAGCUGCCAUCCUCACCGAACGUAUUCACAAUCUCUGGAACCACAUCGCCGUGAGCAGGCGGGAUAUCCACAACCGGAAAAACCUCAUGGAGCUCAUCCAAGCACGCGCAAAGAUUCUUCGCUAUCUUCGACGUACACAGCGUGCUCGCUACGAAGAUCUCUUGCCCAAGAUUGGCGUCGAACGAGGUGCCGUCGAGGGCGAGAUUAUUCUCACCUUGCAAAUGUUCCGUGACGCCUUUAUUCCGCUCACGCAGUAG